GGAGGGGAAAAAGGUAACGGUUUGGGUUGUUCUGUCCAUUCCUCUUCUCUCAGUGCGGCCCAGGCAAGCCAGAAUGUUGGAUAUCUACUGUCUGAAGCGACAGCUUGCAACGCUGAAGUGAAAACGUUGUUAAUCAUAAUCAGGAGGUCAUCUAGCUGUUAGUGUUUGUGACACCUGUCAGGCAGUAAUAGACUCCUCAGUGCUUAAAAUGAAAAAUAAACACUUUCUAAUUUAGGUUAAACUCAUUAGAGUUUGACUGUGUUGCCCCGCUGCUGUCAGCUCUACUAGGAUUUAUGGAUGACAAUUUGAUGGGAUUUGAACUUGUUUUUUAGUUAGUCUUGUGUGUCAUCAAUCAAGUUGUUGGUAUUGCUGCUAGAACCCUUUCUCUAGCCUAUUCUAGCUCGUGAUCACCAGUUUCUAAUUAUAUUUAAGCCAAGAAAAUUGAGUAUUGGUACCAACAUGGUCUCCUGCCAUGUUGUGCUUUGGUUUUGGAUGGAGCAGACUUGCUUGACAUUAAGUUUCAAUUUGUUCCACAUUCAUUGGAAAACCAAGAAACCAAGAGAAGGUUGAAAAGCUCAAUAGCUGUUUUCUUCCACUACUGGAAACGUAGUGCUAUUAUAGUGAAGUAUUCGAAAUGUAUAGGGCGUGCGCACACGAAUCUUGAUCCUCAGGUUUCUUAUGGGUGACUGCUGCCUUCUCUGCUAGAUUUGGGAGAAUGAAUCUGAUGUUCUGAAAUUCCUCAUGGUUUUUUUUUCUUUGUCCAAGAAUAGAGAAGCUCCCGCAGUUGAGAAAUUAUUAUUGUCAGUAAAGAAUUGGACUGACACCUAAUGUGACUUCUAGAAAAAGCUCUGCUGAAUUAAUGAGGUGGUGGUGUUCUCUCAGCAGAGCUGCCAGAUGCUUUGGAACAUGCGUACGAACACCAGCUCAGAAAUGAGGGGUAUGAUAUGAAAGGUACUCUGGCAGUUUGCUGGCAGAGUGGGUGUUUCUCAGUCCCUGGCCACGUAUGUGCCCCUGCCAGUAGCUUUUCACUUUUCCUCAGAAAAGGAGGAAUUUUCACGGAUGAAAACAGCUCCUUGUGGACGCCUUCUUGCUGACAGUGCUCCAGAACUGCAGGAGUCCGUGGUACCUGCGCAUCUGUGGUUAGGAUGAGGUAUUUUUGGCUCAGUUCCUCAUGCUCUGGCUGUGAUCAGGCCGGCCUUUUUUUAGCGUCCCUCGCGCCUUGGCUGAUUUCCAGCCAUCGCGAGCUCUUCUGUGCGGUUGGCAGAACGGCCUAUUGCUGUGCAGUGAACUGGGCCGAGGGACUGAUCUGGCUAUAAACUUUGUUAGAACAAGUUGUGCAAACGCUGCUGCCAACACAACGGGGAGGUGGUCUGAAAGAGGGGAAUGAGGAGAGAUUGCAAGGCCGCUGCCUGGGCGCUGCCGCUGCUCGCUGUGUGCCCGCGGCCAGCCGGGCCUACCUGCUGCCUGUUGGAGCGCCCGGUGCGUCUGUGCUCCACUUUCUAAAAGAAAUUCCUGAGUGUCUUCAUGAGUUUCAGAAAGCCUGAAAACACUGCCUCUGCACAGAAGCUCUUGAGGUUGGGGCAGGCUUCCCCUACUUCUUGCCAGGCUUCCAAGGGUCAAGGAUCCAAGCUAGAAGCCAACAUCCUGCAUAAUGGGGAAACAGGAUGUUUUGGCUGUUGUUGGUACUGCAUUUCUGCCUCAGUUUCAUGCUGAGAUACCUCUGAACUUUCCUGCAUUGCCAAUGUAACGUGAGCUCUGUAGCACUCUGUAUUCAGCUUCUGGAUGAAUUGUGUUUCGUAAAGAAGCCCUGUGCUCUGUUUUCAACCAUCUGUACAAAAUUCGUUUCACAAAGUUUGAAUGAGCUAUACGUGUUUCAUAUCUCAUACUGUUUUUAGGAAGAAGCUCUCAUUUGCUAAACCUGGAGUAGUGAGCCUUUCCCAUGCAGAUGGAAGUCUCAUGGCUUAAGACAAUCUAAGGAAAGAAUGUGUUUUUAGAGCUCUAAGAAAAAUGUUGGGACGGAUUACAGCAUCUCUGUCCAUGCAUUACCUUUAGAAGCUUUCAUCAAGCACAUUGUCUGGCAUGACUGGAGGAAGAUAAAGCUGCAGUGUGUUUGUCCCUAAAGCAGAUAAAAGUGGAAGUUUCCAUUUGAAAUACACUGCUUGACUGUUGAUUUCUGCUUUUUCCUUUCGCUUCUGAAGUUGGUUGUUGGUGCAAUGGAAGAAGCUGGAUCCCAGGAGAUGGGAAUGAAUAACCAGGAUCAGCUGAUGAACAGCAGGUGCAAUGAAUUGUCUAACACAGCGUUACAGCAUACACAGCCCAACUGUGAUGGCCUGGAGCACACAGACAUGUUGGAAGGAACUGAGUAUAUCACAAAGAACAGAAAGCUCCUGGGGUCCACGUGCUGCUCUCAGGAGUCUCGUGAGGAGACUCCUGGGAGAGAGGAAGCCCGUACCGAUCCUCCUGAUGGCCAGCAAGAUCCAGAGAGCGAAAAGCACAAAGAGAAAACUUUAGGAAAAGAAGUACUAUUAUUAAUGCAAGCUUUGAACACGCUUUCUACUCCAGAGGAAAAGUUGGCAGCUUUGUGCAAAAAGUAUGCUGAUCUGUUGGAAGAGAGCCGGAAUGUUCAAAAGCAGAUGAAGAUACUGCAGAAAAAGCAAGCACAAGUUGUGAAGGAGAAAGUCCACUUGCAGAGCGAGCAUAGCAAGGCCAUUUUGGCACGCAGCAAACUGGAAUCUCUCUGUCGGGAGCUUCAGCGUCAUAACAAGACUUUAAAGGAGGAAAACAUCCAGCAAGCACGUGAAGAGGAGGAAAGGCGAAAAGAAGCAACUGCACACUUCCAGAUCACUCUGAAUGAAAUUCAGGCUCAACUGGAGCAGCACGAUAUACAUAACGCCAAGCUCCGUCAGGAAAAUAUUGAGCUGGGGGAAAAACUGAAAAAGCUCAUUGAGCAGUAUGCCUUGCGAGAAGAGCAUAUUGAUAAAGUGUUCAAGCAUAAAGAACUGCAGCAGCAACUGGUGGAUGCCAAACUCCAGCAAACUACCCAACUUAUUAAAGAAGCAGAGGAGAAACAUCAGCGGGAAAGAGAGUUUCUGCUAAAAGAAGCUACUGAGUCCAGACACAAAUGUGAACAGAUGAAGCAACAGGAAGCACAGCUGAAGCAGCAGCUUUCUCUAUACAUGGAUAAAUUUGAGGAAUUCCAGACUACCAUGGCAAAAAGUAAUGAACUGUUUACAACCUUCAGGCAAGAAAUGGAGAAGAUGACUAAGAAGAUCAAGAAACUGGAAAAAGAAACUAUAGUGUGGCGUACAAAAUGGGAAAACAACAACAAGGCUCUUCUGCAAAUGGCUGAAGAGAAAACAGUAAGAGAUAAAGAAUACAAGGGCUUUCAGAUAAAACUGGAGCGUUUGGAGAAGCUAUGCAGGGCCCUUCAGACAGAAAGGAACGAGCUGAAUGAGAAGGUGGAGGUCCUUAAGGAGCAAGUUUCUCUCAGAGAAGCAGAUGUGGAUCUAGCCGUGCAGGUGUUGCAGUCCUGUACGCUCAAUUCCCACGAGGAGCUGGAAAGUCCCACUGACACAGAAGGAGGAAUCCAGCCCAGCGUUGAAUCACACGCAGCAAAUCGUUCCGAAAAGACUGUCUCGACAAGUCCUGUUCCUGGCACUGAAUCUGUAGACUAAAAUGAAGUGUAAACACUGUAUUGAGAGAUAUAUUUUGUGUAUAACUUUCUCUGUUGGUGGUAACUAUUGGUUUUGUGGUGAAAAUUUUCUUACUUUUUCUACCAUAUCUGUAUUUUCUUAGAACUACUGGACUUAUGUGGUACAGGAAGCUGCAUAGCAGCUUUAAAUAGCUUAAACUAUAAAUUUUCCACAACUGUGUUGCACAUCUGCCUCAUUUUUUAAAAGAAAAUAUUUUUCCAUAAAAGGAUGCAUGUGCAUUUCCUCCCCGCAACACGAAUCACUGUCACUGUGCAGGUAGAAGAACAUCGUUAGGGGGAAAUAGUGACAGCGUGUCACUUUCUGCUUUAAAGAAAGGCAUUCUGGUUUCGUUCAUUGAGUUGCCACUCAAUAUACUAAAGGAUUACCAUUUGUCCUAAAUUGGUCUAUAUGAGGAUGUCUAAUGGCCAGUAAAAGUGUCAGCUUUCCCCUCUAGUACGUUUUCAUACAUAAUGAAUGAAAAAGGUCCAGAAUACAGUAAAAUGUACGUUUAAGGGGGUUUUAUAUACUUUGUGGUAUGGGGAGGAAAAAAAAAAACAAAACAGCUUUGAAAAACGUUAAUUUGCAGCUGGUGAAACAGGGUGUACAACUUCUUUUCAGACUUCUCAGGGUCGUGUUGUAAAGGUUAUUUUGGACUGCCUGCCCUACCUGUGAAUGUGGUAAACUCAAACGCGUGAGAAGACGUGCAGCAACGCGGUGGAGUGGGGUUUUGCAGUUGGGUAUCCUGUUGCACAGAAAUUGGUCUCGUUCUUUCCCCCUUAGCUGCGGUGUGUCCCUAACAUAUAUGAUUAUGCUGCCUAGAGAAAUCCAGUGUUGUCUGGACGCAUCUCUGCGGAUUAUCAAAAGAGCUGUGAAAAAAAACAUAACUGCCUGAAGUGUAGAAGACACAAGCCUCCAUCACAGAGGGGUUUGAAUAGCUGUGUAUGCACUGUAUGUAAGCAUAUACUGUUGUAACUGAACGUGUCCAUUCGAGUACAUCUGAAGCGUACGUGGAGGAUCUUGCACUCUCAACCUGGAUGCUGUACCAGCUGGCGGAGUGCCUCCCCAGUUAGGUUACAUGGGAGGGAUGGUACUUCAGAUGGUUAUGGUAACAUGCCACGAGCAAAGCUCCCAUGUGGAGCUUCAGCCAUUUAGGCUUUUCCUUUAAAAAAACAAACAUAUAUACAUAUGUAUGGGUGGAUAUAUAUAUAUAUCUCCAUAUUUUGGCUUUUCUGAGAGCAACUAGGACCAACACUUUCUUUUGCAAGGUAAUGCGUGAAAUAAUUACACGCUUCCCUUAACUUUAGUUCGUGUGUAUGUACCGUCUAGGUUGGGUUGCUGUUGUAAGGACGAUGAAAAUGUGUAGCCUUUUCUGGUACUUAAAAGUUCUUUGCACUUACUUGGGAGGGGGUUUCUGAAUCAAGCACAUCUCUCAAUGAGCUUCCCACCCUCGUUGCCCUUAACAGUUCAGUGGCUAAAUUACUUGAAUGUUCAGGCUGCACUGAGCUCCUGAUCCUUUUUGUGUAGUGGUGUACAUUGAAAUAAUGUAGCUGUCUCUUAAAGAGAGUAAGGUUGUGUAAGGCCUGAUAAAUGCGUUGUAGCUCAUAGUGCUGAGAGGAGCUGUGUGAAACUGACAUUUCUUACCUGGUGGAGCAAACGGGAGGCUGGCGGUGUCGUAGACGCGUGCAGGCUUUGUGCUUGUGGCCCAAGAGGAAUGGAAGAAGGUAGCAGUGAGCGGGCAGGUUAGACUCAGAGCUUUGAAACGUUAAUCAUGCUGACCGUAAGGCUCAAACAUUCUGGAAAGAAGUAUUUCAGACUUGUGAUUCCGAUGACUUGCUUUGUAGAAUCAAACCGUUCAAACAAUGGUUGGUGCAAAAACUGGUUUUCAGCGAACACUAAGCGUGAAUUGACUUUUCCUGAGGGAAAGUGAAAACCUUUGUAUCUGAUGCAUCAUACCCUUGGCAAGGCGGGACGUGCAGUUUUCUAGUUUUACAGUUUAUUAUUUGGGCAUUUGUAUCUUUUAACGAUCCUUUCUAUAGUGCUUGUUCUAUAUGGAGGCAAGAGCGGAUUUUGGACCCUGCUGCAAGAAUACUUUAAAGGGCUUCUAGAGACACGACAGAUGUAUAGAACAGCAAUAUAUUUGUUACCUACUUAAUCUGUAAAUGAAGCAGAAUGCCCCGAGUAAAGGCUUUUAAAACUGGGACAUCCCUUUCGUACCCAUAACGUACCCCCAUCGCGCUGACUUUUCGUUGGGCUAAGUUGAGCUGUACUUUGCUUCCUGAAGCCAGUCGGUACCUUUUCAUGCAUUGCUUAAAGAGCGUUGUUUUAAAACGAAACAUACCAAUUUAUAUUAAGGGAUGAGCUCAGCACUCUGCCAUACAGCAGGCUCUUGCACUGCCAGUCUGCAGCCAAGUUGGCUCCAGUGGGGUUUUAAGUAAACUCAUGUUAACGCCUUUCUUCCACUACCAUGGACUGUUUAAACGGGGCUGGAAACGGAUGUAGCCUGAAAUACGUAUGUCUGGUCAUCAAAACUGGGGCCUGACUGACGGUUUCACCAUGAUUAAACUGGGAAAAAGCUGCAUUACAGUGAUGCAAGACCCAAUUACGUGUAUACGUACACAAGGAAGUUAGGGCUGUAGCUGAUGUUUUGUCCUUCCUUUCAUUAUACUUACACCUGGUUACGUUACAGUUCAAUUCUCAGGUGUUGCAGAAAAUCUACCUCUUUGGACUGUAGAUGGAAAUAACUGUGAAAAAAAAGUGAUGCAGAAAUCUAGUUUGUGCUAAACACACUGCUUUAUUUUUACAACCCAUGUCUGCUUUCAUGAGGAAAAAAAAAAUGAUAAAUGAACAGGCAGUCUUUGUUUUGCUUUUCAAAAACAUUUUGUAGAGAUUUUUCACUAAUGUGAAUCUGAAAUUUUAUCUACUCAAUUCUGUAUAGAUUAAGUAAAUAAGUAUGCUUAAUA